CAUUUUUCUGUCUUUUGACAUUUCUUACAGUAAAAAAAAACGACACAGUACGAAAUCGCGUGUAAUUCGCAUGCAAAGAAAUUCUAGAAUCUGUAAUAUCGGUUAAAAGCAAUAAGACUAUUGCGAAUAAUAUAACUUUAAUAUUUAAUUGUGGAAUAAACCAAAUUUAUCAUUUGCCUUCCGUUUAUUUCAAGUGCAAUAAACGUACUUUCCCAAGCAAGAUCAUCUAACUACUCGAAAUGCCAGCCUUGCCUAGUGGAGUUUAUGGCCAAGCACAAGGCCCAACUUGUUUUGAUAAAAUGAAGACUGGAUUCACAAUUGGCUUCUGCGUGGGCAUGGCAAGUGGUGCACUAUUCGGUGGCUUUUCCGCAUUGCGGUAUGGUUUGCGCGGCCGCGAGUUAAUCAAUAAUGUGGGAAAAGUGAUGUUGCAGGGUGGUGGAACAUUUGGCACUUUCAUGGCUAUUGGUACCGGUAUUCGUUGCUAGAAUAAAUCAUUUCGUAAAGGCAUGCAUGUAUCAACGACAUGCCAAACAUAUUUUCGGGAUUUUUACGUAAUACUAAGUUUUGUGUAAACAUUUAAUGGACUUCAUUUACCAAUUACAUACAUAUAUUAAAAAUGUUUUUAAAAUAA